AUCAAAUUACAAACAAGAGGGCAUGUCUGGGAGGAUGGAGACCAUUAUAGACAUUUGUAAACAGUGAAUGAAUUGGUUGUGGUAUGUUGCCAGACCAAUCAGAGUUAGCUGGUGGGAUAUGGAGUAGUUCUCACUUCACACCGGCACCACAGACAGAACUCACAUCAAACGGCAUGGAAAUAUGUCUAAUGAUCUAGCGAAUCUCCCAACACAAUCAUCAGAACCCAUGUUUACAAGAUACACUGAAAAUAUCUGUGUAUUUACAAACUGGAUACAUCUGGUUUAAACUUGGACAGAAAGAAAAAAAAUGAACAUUUAACAGUUGUAAUAUAUCGGUGGUCUGUGAGGAGGGAUUGCUCGACAGGAUAAAAACUUGAGGAAGUGUCGGUUUCCGUGUAAAAAUGAUAUGAAUUCCUCCCCAGCAUGAAGCUCCACAGAGUUUACUAUACAGACUACAGCAGAGAGCAUGCUUAUUAUCUUUGUAACACCGAUAAAUAAUAUCUGUAAAAUUCAUGAAAGUGACAAAUUUGUCAUUUUUUAAGACUUUGUAUUUAAACUCAUCUCUUCACAUUCAAUAGUGUGAAAUGAUUUCAACAUUUGAAUGUAAAUAACUUCGGUACACAAAGAUUGGAUGACGAUCAUGAUUCUUUGAGUGAUUUCGUGGAACUUUCUUACGAAAACUUUUAAAGAGUGGAAUUAGACAAUCAAGCUUUUGUGUAAUUCUUGGAUAGAACUAUGGAAUAUUUGUAUACUAUAUUUGUGACUUAUUUUCUACUUUGCUGGUCCCAAGUGGUUCCUGUGGGGGCAAUUCCUCAGUACUACAAUUCAGCACAGGACACAUGUGUUUUAAGCCUCGUUAUUCCUAAGGAUAGCAUAAAAAACAACUGUAACAACCACGAGGCACUUCUGGCCAAAAUUCAGUCCCUCGAGGCCCAGCUACGACAAAUGACACAUCAUGUACGAGUUAUUGACACACAACGCAUUCAGCCUGCCAUGACACAAUAUGCCGACCUGGCAAAUAAGGUCAGGAACAUGGAAAGUCAAAUGAGUGCAAUGACAUUGAAAAACCGAUAUCUGGAAUCAAAAUAUCACGAAUUUGAGUCAAAACUUGAAUCUGUAAGCAGAUCAAGUUCAAGAUCAUCUGAGGGCUCAGAUAGAUUAUUGGACCCUAUCAAACCCUUGCUGAUGGAAGAGUUUCAAAUUCUAAAAGCAAAUCUAAUGCAGAGUUUGGAACAGGAACUUUUCCAUCUAUAUUCCCAGAACCUCGAGGAGAUAGGUUCAGCCACGGGCAUGGAGGAGUUAUCGGAAAGUUCUUCAUUGCAGAAAUUAUUGCUAAAGGGGGAUAACUCUCUACUUAGGACAAAAGACCAAGAAAUUGAUGAAUUAUUGGAAGUUGACUCAGUGAAUAUCAACCAACUUGCUCGGUCACUCCAAAAAUUAACAGGCAGAAUCAACAUGGGAAAUGAGGAAGAGCGAACACAUGAAAUUGCACUGGAGAAAGAAUUGGGCGAUUCUGAAGUGAACGUCACAUCAACGAACCAUUCCAAUCUAACAGCCGACACCAACACCUCCAGUGUUUCAGAUGAUGAACAGCAAAGAAAUGUGUCGGAUGGUACUGACCAGACAGAAAGUGUUUUACAAUAUAACAUAUCAACAGAAAAUACAUUGUCAGAGAAUGAAUCGUUGAGUGAUUCAUUGUCAUCGAACUCGUCAUCGGUAUUCCCCAACAGAUCACAGUCCAGUUUGACAGCAAAGGAAAAAGACCAGGUUACAAAUGAAAUAUCUCAACAACUUCAAGUUAUAAUACAACGCAUUGUUAAAAAGGCUGUACAACAACAGCAGGAAGAGGUUGCUAUAGCAACUGUGCCUCAGGACACGGAAACAACUCAAUGCAACGUCACUGAAAAACUUUCGGAACUUGAAAUGAAGUUUUCAGAACUAAAAAAGAAUCUGACCGAAUUUUACAGAACUGAGAGAACGUCAUCUCUGUCUGCUGGACUCUUAAUGACACAACAGGUUGCCGACCUGAAAGCUGGACUGGAGUCGCUGAGCAGACGAGUGGACGGACCUCAAAAUACACUUCAACGAGCAUCACACUUACAGAAUGAGCUUGACAUUCUAAAAACACACAUUCAGGUCAACCUGAAGGAACGGCUGGAUACCUCAGUUACAGCUCUAGAACAAAGAGUGACGAUUUUGGAGAGAAAUAAUAAUAUGUCAAGUAGCUAUCUUAAUAUAUUCAAGCAGACGUUACAGAGCUAUCGCAACGAGAGUCAAAAUAUGAUAGGAAAUCUCCAACAGGACAUAAACGCAGUUCAGUCUCAAAUCAGACAUCUCAACAAGUCACGGAACCAAAACUCCGAUGUGGAAAUGCGUGUAAACGAUCUUGAGGCAGACUUCGGUGACUUUGAUUUCAAGCAAAAUGCUUUUGACGUAAAAUUAGAUCGUAUCAAAGACUCCAUGGCACAAAAUGACCGAGAAGUUGGAACCAAAUUCCGAUCCAUUCAGCAAAAUCUUCAUCGUGUGCAAUCUAGAUUUACAAUGCUUACAAAUAUGAGUCGGAACAUUCAGAUUAUGGGUGUUAAACAAUCAACAAUGGAGAAAAAAGUCUCCAAAAACGAGAUUACACUAAAGUACUUAUACAUACAACAUAGGUUGGAAUCAGGAGAAUGGAUGGCUUACAAUUUCAGUUAUAACAGUGUGAAAAACAGCUGUAACAAACUCCAAUAUGUCCGACAGAACAGCGUUUGUAGCGGAACAACCGCCCGAUUCGUUGGUGUGAUUUUGUGUUCUGAAGACAAAUACAAGAUUUUAUUAGGAAACUCCCUCGAUGAUGAGUUUUUGGACAUUGCAGAUGAACGAGGACAUGGAGAGGAUCAUUGUGAGUUUGUGGGCGGGUCAAGAGAAAAGCAGGCCUUGGUGGAAAAAGAGUUUUCAUUUUUCCCUUCAACAAGAGCAUAUAUGCGAGCAGACUGGGGUCAGGAGCCCCACCUUGCCAACAUGUCUCCCAUCCUGACUCCUGUUGCAAGCUGGUAUGAGUGUGGUGUCAAAAUACCCUGACCAGUUUAUCUGACCAGAAACAGAAGCUUAUGUGACAAGGAGGUUAGAAUCUCUACAACAAAUAUCACUCUGUGAUAACAGAAGGAAAGUGAAGAAUGUCAAUGAGUUUAAUAUAAGGACAAUUAACAGACAGAAAGCAGGAUAUAUUUUCCCCUUCAAGAGUAGAGAACAUUGUGUAUUAAGGAUACAAAUGGGAAGAUAUCCUUUCUCAUACAGGGGGAGAUAACUCUAACAAAGCAAAUGGCGAUGAAACAAAACAAAGGGGAGAUAACUCCUGCAGGAACUGACAAAGAAAAGGGGAGAUAUCCUUUUUUGUGAUACAAUGACAAAAAAAUAAUGGCAACAAUGUGCAAGGGGAGAAAACUCUAGAGAAGGAAAGAUAACUGUGAUUAACUGUCGGAGACAGUCAUAAAACAAUAAUUUUGAUAAAUUAUUUAAUAAAUAAUAAUUUAAAGAAAAAAUGUGAAUGAACAAAAAAUAUAGUUUGUGCAUGAAUUUCAGGAAUGAAUGGAAAGAUUUGUACAGAAUGUAAUUAACAUAUUAACAAUGGGAGAUAACUCCUGUUUGAAGAAUGUUUCUGUUGAAGAAUUCCAGUGUAUCAAAGACAGGUUGUGAAAUUAAAUGUGUACAGGAAUGCUAAGACUAGUUUCUCUCCAACAGGGACAAUGAGAAUACAUGUACAAUUGUGAAAGGCUGUCAGCAAUGCAAAUACAAUAAAAUUGAAUAUUUUUUAUAUU